GUACAGUCCCUCCAAGGACCCGCCCCUUCUCUGUUUUUCUCUGCCUGGUCUUGGUCAGGUGUCUGUGGUACAGCGACGCAAACGUUCCGUCUGGGAAACCGAUUCAGGUUCGUGUUGGGACAAACGCUGAGAAGGCCAUGCUCAGACGGAUAUUACAAAUGACUCCUGGAAAAGGAGGCGCCCAGAAUGCAGAGUCGGAGCAGCCCACCACAGACGUUAACCACGAGCAAACCUCUGAGGGGUUCAUCUGUCCUCAAUGCAUGAAGUCCCACAGCUCAGCAGAGGACUUGUUCAAGCAUUAUGAGCUGUUCCACGACACUGGAGACCUUCCUGCUCAUGUGGCCCCCACUAGGGAAGACCUAUCAAUGUUGCGACAGGAGGUUCAGGACCUACAUACAUCACUUAAGGAAGAAAGAUGGUUUUCCGGGGAGCUGAAAAAAGAAUUAGACAAAGUCCAAGGACACCUGAAGCAAAAUGACGGACAGAUGAGCUCAGAGGAUUCAGUACUAGAAAAGAAGUUAAACGAAUCAGAGACGGAAACAUUUAACAUGAGGCAGAAAGCCGCCCAGCUGGCCACGGAGAUAGUAGAUAUAAAGUCCCGUUAUGACGAAGAGAAGAGUUUAAGGGAAGCUGCUGACCAGAAGCUUUCCAGUGUGACUGAGCUGCUUCAGCAAGAGAAGAAAGAGAAUGAGAAACUCCAGACUGAACUGCUUCAGCGUCCGGGAGUGGAGGACGUUGAGGUACUGCAGAAGGAACUUGUGCAGGUGCAGACAUUAAUGGACCACAUGACUCGCGAGAGAGAGCAGGAGUCGGAGCGCCUCAAAGACCACUAUGAGCAGCUGCAGGCUAAAUUCACUUCCUCAGAGAUGACUAUAUCACAACUGAAAGCAGAGCUGGAGAAGGGGCCACAGGAAGCAGCUGUCUAUACACAGCAGAUCCACCAGCUUCAAAGUGACCUGAAUAAUGCUCAACAACAAAACCAGAAUCUUUCUGAAAAACUGGGACGCAAGGAAAGAGAGUAUCAGCAGCUAGAGGAGCAACUGAAAACUGAGAAAGCUGCCAAAAAAGCAGGCCAACAUAGCCUUAGAGCGAAAGAGCGGGAAAUCCUGGAGGUGCAGGCCCGAGCCACAGGAGCAGAGACGUCUUUGCAGAAAGCCAAUGCAGAGCUUGGAGAGAAAACUGAGGAAGUGGCCAGGUUGAAGGGUGAGAUUACGGACCUGGAGGUGAAGCAUGCCGAACUAAAGGUUGAGAGGAAACAGUUGGAACAGCAAAGGGAAGAAAAGGACAGCCAAGGUGCUCAGCAGCAAACAGAAAUUGGUCAGCUUCAUGCAAAACUACUGGAGGCAGAGAGGCAAGUGGGUGAGCUGCAAGGUCGUCUGAAAGAACAGAGGCAGCUGUCUGGGGAGAAACUGAAAGACAAAGAGCAGCAAGCAGCCGACUUGCAACUUAAACUCUCACGUGCUGAAGAACAGAUGAAAGAAAGUGCCAGUAAGAACACAGACCUGCAGCACCAGCUGGAAAAAGCCAAGCAGCAACACCAGGAGCUGCAAGCACUGCAGCAGAACACCAAUGGCAAACUCCGUGAGUCACAGAAUGACCUGGAGCAGGUAUUACGCCAGAUUGGAGAUAAGGACCAGAAGAUCCAAAAUUUGGAGGCCCUGCUGCAAAAAAGCAAGGACAUUGUGACUCAACUGGAAACUGAGAGAGAAGACUUGUGUGCCAAGAUUCAAGCCGGGGAGGGCGAGACUGCUUUGCUCAACCAACUUAAAGAGAAAAACCACGCACUACAGGAACAGGUAACCCAGCUGACAGACAAGAUGAAGAAUCAAUCGGAGAGCAACAAGCAAGCCCAGGACAAUCUGCAUAAACAAGUUCAGGAUCAGAAAACUCUACUGCGUUCAUCCCAGGACCGGGCCCUCACUCUGGAGACUUCUGUCACUGAGCUAGCCGCUCAGCUCACAGACAGCAAGGAGAAGGUGACUCAACUGGACUCUCAGCUGAAGGCAAAAACGGAGAUGUUGCUGUCUACCGAGGCAGCCAAGGCUGCACAAAAGGCCAACCUGGAGAACAACCUAGAGUCUGCCCAGCAUGCACUACAGGACAAGCAGCAGGAGCUUAUUAAAGUUCAGAAGAAAGUAGAGGAGGCGGCACAGAGACUCAAGGAGAGGCAGGAACAGUGCAGUCAACUGGAAGCCUCUCUUAAGGAGUACAAGGACAAACGUCUGGCCUUGGAGCAACAUGUAGAGAAGCUUGAGGGGCUCAAUAAGAAACAGGAAGCACGGGUGGCAGAGGUGCAGGCUGCAAGGGAUCAGACGCGAAAAGAAGUGAAAAAUCUGCAGAAGGAGGCAUCUGAGGUCAAACAAAAAGUUAAGGAUCUGCAGCUUUUGCUGGACAAUGAAAAAGCAGCGAACGUGACGCUUCAAGAGGAAAUAAAGACAAAGGCUUCCUCGUUGAGUGACAUCCAGAAGCAAUUGGAGUGCUGCGAGCAGGGCAAAGCUGCUCUUGAGCUCAAUGUGGCCAAGCUGACCCAGAAAGGGGAGGUUCAGCAUGCAGAAUGGGACAAGAAAGCAAAGGGCUUUGCUGCAGACUUGCUCAAGGUCCAACAGGAGAAAGAGACUCUAAAGAAAGAUCUGACUUCCACUCAGGAAAGUCUCGGCAAAACCCGCAAGGCACUGAAAGAAUGUGAGUGUCAACUGGACACAGAAAGGAAGAACCAAAAGGUAGCCAUGGAGGAAAAGGAAAAGUCCUAUGAAAAGGCAAGAGGGGAUCUUCAGAAGAGUAACGAGAACAUCAGCAAGGCAAUGACGGAAUCUAAGCAACAACUGGAGCAGAUGAGAGAAGUAGAGAAGAAGCUGAAAGUGCAGUUGGUAUCAUUGGAACAGCAGAACACGAAGACUCUGAGGGAGAAGGACCAAAAUUUGGGCAAGCUGGAGGAGCAAUUUAAGACCGCCACUGUAAGCUAUGAGGAAGAGAUAAAGAAGCUGAAGGGAGAAAUUGCAGAGUUACGGGAAGUCAGUGUUAAGAAAGUGGAGGAAGAACGCCAACUAAGGGAGCAGGCAACAGAAGUCAGCCAGCAGCUGGCUUCUGAGAGAAGCCAGACAGCAGAGCUACAAAAGGCUUUAGAACAAAGUCGCAAAAGCCUCACUAAUCUUCAGUCGGACUUCUAUGGAAAAGAGUCUGAGCUUUCAGCACUACAGGAAGACCUCAAAGUAGCUGAGGACAAACUACGGUUGAACCAGGAAGAGUUGGCAGCUAACCAGACCCAACAGACUGCGUUAGAAAAUCAGAUCCAAGAGCAAAAGAAAAGCUGGAAUGCUCUGGAGCAAGAGCUCGGUAGUCGAGAUCAGAGAAUCCAGCAGCAGGAGAAAUCAUUGAAAGAGCUCCAGAAGGCACAGUGUCAACUUAAGGUAGACCUGGAGAAGGAGAGGAGCAAAAUGGAGGAGCUGCUCAAAGACAAGAGUUACCUGGAAAAGAACAACACCAGGCUGACUUCGGAGAUGAAAACGCUAACAGCAAAGAGUGACAAGGAUCUGCGAGAGUUGCAAGAAGCCAAGCAGCUGUUGAUCCAGCAGAAACUGGAGCUGCAGAGCCAGCUGGAGAUUGCGCAGGGUGCCCUCCAACAGGAAGAGAAAGAACACCAGACCACCAGGGACACCUGCAAUCAAAGAGCGGAUCAGCUUCUCGCCAAAACCAAAGAUCUCCAAGAUCAGCUGUCCUCCGAGAAGCGAGCCAAAGAUGAGCAGGUGAAGCGAGGAGAGGAAGUGGAGGCGAAAAUGGGUGCCCAGAUGACAGCGCUGAAUGAAAACGUGGCCACCCUAAAGAGAGAGUGGCAGAGUAGCCAGCAACGAGUGUCUGAGCUGGACAAGCUGACAGACGAGCUGAGGGGGGAAAUCGCUGUGCUGGAGGCCACUGUGCAACACAACCAGGAUGAGAGACGUGCGCUUUUGGAAAGGUGUGUCAAGGGAGAAGGAGAAAUUGAGAAGCUCCAAGCCAAGAUGCUGGAACUGAGGCGCAAAGUUGACGACACGACGGCAGCCAUGCAGGAGCUGGGCCGAGAGAACCAGUCCCUCCAGAUUAAGCAGUCCCAGAGUCUUACCAGGAAAUGGGCAGAGGAUCACAAGGUGCAGAACUGCAUGACGUGUGGCAAAGGCUUCUCUGUCACUGUCAGGAAGCAUCACUGCAGACACUGCGGAAAUAUUUUCUGCGCCGAGUGUUCGUCAAGGAACGCCUUGACGCCGUCCUCCAAAAAACCCGUGCGGGUUUGCGAGACGUGUUUUGAGGAGCUGCAAAGCUGAGUCAACUCUCAAGGCGAAAACUCAAGUUGUCUUUCUCGUGUAAGAUGUGCACCAAAAAGGACAGAGCCAGUGUUGUGAAGGUAAGAGAGGGGCCUUUUAGUGGCAAACGUGCUGACGCAGGAGCACUCGGACUUGUGUGUACAGUGGGUUUUUGUGCCUUUGCUCAUUCUGUGACCGGCCGCUAGGUGGCGACAGAAGCAAAUAAACGCCUCCCAUGACUUCUAAGUUGUCUUUAUCUGUAGUGUUUGGCUUCUGUAAAAGUGGCUUAAAAAGUCGAUGGGAGAUUGAAGUCAUCACAGUGGAAGUCAAUCAGUAAAUGUAAUGUUGAAAAGCACAGCUGCCACGCAAUUGUAAAUGCAAGUAACUAUUUUGUCUUAAAAACAAAGUCAAGUCAAAGUCUGCUUUAUUGUCACACAUCAAAUGUGAGAAUUGAGAAGUAACACACCUGGAAAAAGUCGUCUCAUGAAUCGGUUCAUUUUGGUGCAGCUUUUGACACCUCGGAUGUCAGAUCAGUUACUGCAUGUUGCCUUUGUGUGGCAGCCCAUUUGUGUGUGCGUGCGUGCGCACGUUUAUCUGUUGACAUUGUUGUAUAUGAUGACCAAAGAAUGUGAGGAGAGGAAAAACUCAAGUUUCAUGUUUCAGUUAAAUCAUCUUGUCAAGUUCAGUUCUUAACACAGCACUGCACGCCGUGGCUGACAUUCUUUUAUCGUGCCACAUUUCUAUUGUGCGUGUUAAUGUCUUUAAAAGAGGUGGUGCUUGUUUUUUUCAAACUGGCAAUGCAGUCAUGAAAUGUGCCUGCAUGUUCUUUUGUUUGCGAGUGUGGGUUAAGUGUCAGGAUGCACAUUGCACGACCUGCAGACUUUAAUGCUCAAUUUAUGUCUCGCGCUUGUAAGAAUUGAAAUCUUUAUUUAAGUUAUGACUCCACUUGUCAAUCAUUCGUUAGUUCUUUUAAGCACUGAAGCAGGCUGCAAAAACGUAUUACAAAAAAUAUAUAUUUUGGCAUCACGCUCCAACUUAGAAUGUUUCACAACCGUUUCCUUUUUGUCUACCUCAAAUGGGUAGGGGAAGGGGAGCUUUAUGUCAACCUUCAAGACGUCAUGUCAUAUAGACUGCAGUACCUAAUCCUAUUCAUAGCUCCCUUUCUCAUUGCAGUGCUACUACAAGAGUCAGCAUUUCUGUCCCUGAAAGGAAACGUAAAAUUGAGUUGGUGCAGUAUUAGUAUUUUUUUUUAACCGAGCACCACCACAGACUUGUAGAUUAGACACUCUGUCAUUCUUUUCGUUCUUCCAGUCUGCUGUCAAACAUGUUAAGCAGCAAAACGAUGUCUCGUGGUAUGAAGGGUUUGAUUUGAUGGUUGUGGGUGAAGGUUUAUGUCUUCACGCACUGUUACCUUUGUUUAGGUGGGCCAACAUGUAUUAAAUAGUGAUAAGAAAUAUUUUGUAAUGCACACUCACUUGAAUCAGUUCAUUUUCUAAUUCAUGGCAAUGAAAAACGUAAAUAAAACAUUCAUAAUUCUG